GGUUGACUCUAACAACUACCCAAAGCAUUUACACACCUUCUGGAAAAGGGAGAGUCCGAUGACGUGAGGUUCGGAUGACCCAAGCGGAUAUCCGUGGUACGUACCCAAGGUCAGGUACCCACCCAACAGCAUUUGGCCUGUAAUACCGUGUACCAGGCAACGCGCGGGGAUGAUGUGCGAUUCGAGACAGGGGAGCUCCCCAAGCUGUCGCAGACCCGCGGAGUCGCUAUCUAGGCACCUAUCAGUGCAGCCGAGGUGACGACAACCUACUUCCCUCUUCCCUUCAACAACAUCCACAUCCGCCCACUUACCUCCCGCAUCAUCUCCAGACUCAUUCUCCAGCAUCCCCAUUUCCAAGAUGAAGGUUGCCAAAGCUUCGCUUCUUACCAUACUUGCGCACUCGGUCAGCGCCCGCUUUCUUGCCGAAGAUGAGAUCAACCGCGUCCAGUUGUAUCCUGCCGGCUCCGAGCCCGAGAAGUACUUGAUUGAGCUCGCCCCAGGAGACACUCGCUGGGUCACUGAGGAGGAGAAGUGGGAGCUCCGCCGAAACGGUAACCGCUUCUUCGACAUCACUGAUCACAAGGACCUCGGUGCCACUCGCCUCCACACAAAGACGAAGAGCGUCUUCCCCGAGAAGUGCUCUCGCCAGGACAAGGUCAAGCCUCUGCUCAAGGACCUUGACAAGUCUGAAAUCCAGAAGAACCUCGAGAAGUUCACCAGCUUCCAUACCCGUUAUUACAAGUCCGACUAUGGUCGCCAGUCGUCCGAGUGGCUUCUUGCCAAGAUUAACUCCAUCAUCAAAGAUGCUGGCGCCGAUAAGAACGUCUACGCCCAGCACUUCCCCCAUACCUGGCAGCAAAGCUCCAUCAUUGUCACCAUACCCGGCAAGUCCAACAGCACCGUCAUCAUCGGCGCCCACCAAGACUCCAUCAACCUGUGGCUGCCCUCGAUUCUUGCGGCUCCCGGUGCCGACGAUGAUGGCAGCGGCUCCAUGACUAUCCUCGAAGCCUUCCGCACUCUGCUCAAGUCCAAGGACAUCGUUUCUGGCGAGGCCGACAACACAAUCGAGUUCCACUGGUACAGUGCUGAGGAGGGCGGCCUGCUUGGUAGCCAGGCCAUUUUCUCGUCGUACGAGAAGGAAGGCCGUGAUAUCAAGGCCAUGCUCCAGCAGGACAUGACUGGUUUCGUGCAAAGAACUCUGGAUGCCGGACAGCCCGAGAGCGUCGGUGUCAUUACUGACUUUGUUGACCCUGGCUUGACCGGCUUCAUCAAGAAGGUUAUUGUUGAGUACUGCAAGGUCCCUUAUGUUGAGACCAAGUGCGGAUAUGCCUGCUCUGACCAUGCCUCCGCCAGCAAGGCCGGCUAUCCCUCGGCGUUCGUCAUCGAGUCGGCUUUCGAGUACUCGGACAACCAUAUCCACGGCGUCGAUGACACCAUCAAGUACCUGUCGUUUGACCACAUGCUCGAGCACGCCAAGAUGACCCUUGGACUAGUUUACGAGCUAGGUUUCACCGACUUUACGGCCCUGGAGAAGAAGGGCGAGUCUGUUUCCGAAGAGCUGUAAGGUGCUUUAUUAGACGGUUGCACACUGCCUUUGUUAUGAUGUCCUACGUGUUUUUAUUUUAUUUUAAAUAGAC